UUCUUGAUGUUUUUUAUAUUAUAUGAUAUAUAUGAUAUGUCUAAUCGUCUCUGUGUUCAGGGGAGAUCAGCCAGAUAGGAACCAGCUGCUGUGAGAUGUGUACAGAGCCAGAGUGUAGGAAGACAGUGGGAACACUCAACUACAUCAAAGUGGACGACUGUCAGUCACAACAACAGAUAGAACUACACUACUGUGAGGGGAAGUGUCGUAGUAAGAGUGUAUAUUCCCUGGAGACUAACGCUGUGGAGAGGGAGUGUGUGUGUUGUGCUUCUGUGGCGACAGAGCCUCUGAGCGUUCCGCUGCUGUGUUCUAAUGGAACACUGACACAUCACAACGUUUUGUCUGUCACCGCCUGCGACUGUCUGGCCCAGCACUGCACCUAGAGAGAGAACUGAAUCAAAUUGAGAGAGACUGUGUGUGUGUGUAUGUGUGUACCCUGAUAAACAUGUACUCAAAUAAACAAUUUGGAUAUUCUCA